AUGUACUUGAGUGGCAGUCCGAUAUACAAAAAAUAUACAGUGGGCACCGGGUCCCCGGUGUGGGGCGACGCAGGGCCACUUGCGCUCGCUGCGCUCUGCGUCAUCGCCGGAGGUUUCCUUCUCGCCGCGGGCUGGCUGCACAGGCUGCUCUUCAGUCCCCUGGAGGUGCUCAGGGGCCCCGAUGAUGUGGGCUACAUCGCCGAGGACGGUCGCUCCAGAGCGCAGGCGGCCAACGAGGUGCGCCGCAGGAGGAAAACCGGAGAGCUGCCCCCCGUCUAUCCAAACGGCUGGUACCGGGUGAUGGACUCACACAGGCUGCAGACGGGCCAGGUCAAAAGUGUCUCGAUGCUCGGUGAGCAGGUGGCAGUGUUCCGGGGCCAGGAUGGGAAGGCCUACGUGGUGGAUGCCUACUGCCCUCACCUGGGGGCCAACCUGGCCGUGGGAGGACAGGUGGUGGGAAGCUGCAUCGAGUGCCCGUUUCAUGGAUGGCAGUUUCGGGCGAACGACGGAAAGUGCGUGAGGGUCCCUUACGCGGAAAAAGUGCCGGAGUUUGCCAAAGUGCGCUCCUGGCCCAGUUGUGAGGUCAACGGCCAGAUCCUGGCGUGGUUCCACUGUGACGGAGGAGAUCCUCAGUGGGCCGUCCCGGAGCAGCAGGAGAUCACAAAGGGCCAGUGGGUCUAUCGGGGGAGAACGGAGCACUUCAUCAACGCUCACAUACAGGAGAUACCCGAAAAUGCAGCAGACAUCGCUCACAUCGCUCACCUGCACACGGCGGGUAUUACCAGCGGAGUGGAUCUGCGUUACACCAACAGCAAGACCAGGGAAUAUCUGCGCCACAACUGGAAGGUCCAGUGGGAACUAGAGUCGGAGCCCAACGAGCAUUGCUCUCAGAUGUUGGUGAAACAUGCGCUGACUGUGUUUGGACGCCACUGGCCUCUGGUGGACAUUGACGUUGUGGCCAGACAGGUGGGUCCGGGACUGGUGUUCCUGCUGGUGGACCACAGCUUCCUGGGCCGAGGGGUCAUCCUGCAGUGCGUGACCCCGGUGGAGCCUCUGCUGCAGUGCGUCUCUCACACCAUCUUCUACCAGUCCAACAUCCCGCCUCUGGUGCCCAAAUUCAUCCUCAGAGCCGAGUGCAUUCAGUUUGAGCGCGACGUGAUGAUCUGGAACAACAAGAAGUACGUCUCCAAGCCGCUGCUGGUGAAGGAGGACUCGGCCAUCCAGAAGCACCGGCGCUGGUUCAGCCAGUUCUACAGCGAGAACAGUCCGCGGCUGCAGCACCGGCGGGACACGCUGGACUUCUGA